AUGAAGCUUCUUUCUGCUCCCCUUGAUUCUUGCGUUUUGGGGUUGGUUGGCUACUCAAUCAAUAGCGUUCGUGAAGUGAUUGAUCUCUUAGAUGGGCUUGUUGAGAUAGGUCAGAAUGAAGCAAAUGCCCCUAGUGGAAGGAAUAUGCCCAGAGGUGGUUUAGAGAAUAAGUCAAUAAGUAAGAUCGAAAGGGCAGGGAUAUCUCUUGGUCUUCCGAAUGUUGUUUAUGUUCCUGGUGAAAAAGAGUCGCUUUCCUUCCUUCCCCAUCUCUAUUUGAUACAGCUAGAGUUUUCACACAAACGCCUUGAUUCACCUAUCCGAAUCCUCUACUUUCCUUGGUCGUUCACCUGCCCCGUCUGGUGA